AUGGGAAAUGAAGAUGCUCAAAAGCAUGAAGAAAGUGAAGGCAUAGAGGAACAAGAGUUGCUUAUUCAUCAAAACCUUGCAAAAGAACCACAAAAGGAAGUGGAACAACACGUUCAAAUUCCAAAAGUCAUGCAACCUUUACCCAAAAUACCUCAACCAUUUCCCCAAUGUUUAAAGAAGGAAAAUGAAGAUGAGAAGUUUAAGAAGUUCUUGGCAGUGUUCAAGACACUAUCAAUCAACCUCCCCCUUGUGGAAGCAUUGUUGGAAAUGUCGGGAUAUGCCAAGUUCAUGAAAAAGUUGAUCACGAAUAAGAGGAGUUUGGAUCAUGAGACAAUUGAAGUUUCCCAUAAUUGCAGUACAAUUAUGACUAAGGAGUUGAUCGAAAAGAGGGAAAAUCCCGGGGCAUUCACCAUUCCAUGCACCAUAGGCAUGCUCCAAUUCGCUAAAGUUUUAUGUGACCUAGGAGUAAGCAUCAACUUAAUUCCCUAUGCGAUAUACAAACAACUUGGAUUGGGUGAACCAAAAGCAACCUCAAUGAGACUAUUGAUGGCAGAUCGUUCAAUCAAACAUCCCGUGGGGAUACUUUAUGACAUCUUGGUGAAGGUCGAUCGGUUCAUUUUUUCGGAUGAUUUUGUUAUUUUAGAUUGUGAAAUAAAUGCUGAAAUUCUCAUUAUUUUGGGAAGGCCAUUCUUAGCAACUGGGAGAGAAUUAGUGGAUGUUGAAAGUGGAGAAUUUAGGUUUCGGGUGAACGAAGAUGAAGUAACUUUCAAUAUUUUCAAAUCCAUGAAACACCCAAGUGAUAUUCAUGUGGUGUCUACUGAUGAUAUUAUUGAUGAGGCGGGCUAUGAGGAGGUAGUAGCUGCUUUGACAGGUUUAGGAGGGUAUUCAAAGACUCCAGUCAAGUUGGAUAUUGACCUAAAAAUAUAG